ACCCCCGGUGCCGGCCAUGGCUGCGGGGCUCGUGUGCGCCUUCCUCACCCUCCUCUUCCUCCCAGCGGUCCGCCCCUGGGGGGUGCUGGAGCUGCGGGUGCUGUCGGCGCGGGGGGGGGCGGGGGGCCCCCUCGUUUUCCGCCUCUGCCUGCGCCCCCCCGGGGGGGGCGGCUGCUCCCUGGGGGUCACCCACAGCCCCCCCGGGCCACCCCCGCGCCCCGGAGCCCCCCGGACCCUGCGCCUGCCCCUCGCCUACCCCUGGCCGGGCACUGUGUCCCUCAUCAUCGAGUCCUGGCGGCUGGAGGAGGCUGAAGGCUCCGGGGCCCCCCGGGGCCGCCUCCUUGGCCGCGCCGUGACCCGGCAGCACCUCUCCCCUGGGGGGCCCUGGCGGGGGGGGGUGGGGGGGGGGCUCCGCUUCGGGACCCGCCUGCGCUGCCGCCCCCCCCCCUGCGCCCGCCGCUGCCGCCCCGCCCUCCCCCCCGCCUGCCGAGGCCCCUCUCCCCGCCGCUGCUGGAGCCCCCCCCGCCGGUCACGCCAGCAACUCCGCAGGGCCCCGCUGCGAUGGCCCCAGCCCGGCCCGCGCACAGGGAAUGGCACCGGGAGCACCGGGAAUGGCACCGGGAGCAUCGGGAAUGGCACCAGGGACACCGGGAAUGACACCGGGAGCACCAACGGUGGCACUGGAAGCGCUGGAGAUGGCCCCAGUGGCCCCAGUGGCACCGGCAUCGGCAGCACUGGAAGAGAUACUGGGAGCACCGGGAGAGGCACCAGGAGCACCGGGAAUGGCACCGGGAGCACCAACGGUGGCCCUGCAGGCACCAGCGCUGUCACCAGUGAUGGUACUGGGAGCACUGGGGACAUUGGGAAUGACACCGGGAGCACCGGGACUGGAGCACCGGAAGCCAUUGGGAUGGAUCCAGGAGUACCGGGAGCACCGGGAGUGGCACCAGGAGCCCCAGUGAUGGAUCCAGGAGCACUGGGAUCACCGGGAACGGCUCCGGCGGCUCCGGGAUCGCCCUCGCCGGCCCCGGUCCCCCUGGAGCCAUCCCCGUGCGCCCUCGGGCCCUGCUUCAACGGCGGCGCCUGCGCCCCCCGCGGCCGCGGCUUCUCCUGCCGCUGCCCCCCCGGCUUCCGCGGCGCCAACUGCGAGCGGCGCAGCGACGGCUGCGCCCUGCAGCCGUGUCUGCAUGGCGGGCAGUGCCGCUCCGUUCCCGUUCCCUCUCCCGUUCCCCCGUUCACGUCCCCUUCCCCCCACCCGCCAGGCGGGCAGUGCCGCCCCGCUCCCUCCGGCGCCCCCCUGUGCCGCUGCCGCCCGGGGUUCCGCGGCCGCCGCUGCGAGCGCAACGUGGACGAGUGCAGCCCGAACCCGUGCGCCAACGGCGGCACGUGCCAGGACGGCGCCAACGCCUUCCACUGCGCAUGCACGCUGGGCUACGGCGGCCGCCGCUGCCAGGAGCGCGCCGACGCCUGCGCCUCGGGGCCGUGCCGCCACGGCGCCACGUGCUACACGCACAUCUCCGGGCACGUCUGCGCCUGCGCGCACGGCUACAUGGGCGCGCUCUGCGAGGAGCCGGUGCCGGGGGCGCGCGGGCCGCGGGUGCCGCCCCCGCCCCCACCCCCACCCCCCCUCGUGCUCGCGCUCGCGCUCGCGCUCGGGUGCGCGCUGCCCGCGGCCGCGCUGGGGGCGGCGCUGGGGCUGGCGGCGUGCGGGAGGAGGAGGAGCAGGGGAGAGAGCCAGCGCACCCCACGGCCGGGGGGAGCCCCUGCGCUGAGCCCCCCGGGCAGGGAGCAGCGGAUCCUGCCCCGGCCCUCGGCCACGCGGGUGUGA